UUCCUUGGCCUUCCUCUUUUCCUUGAAAAAAAAUAAUUCAAAUAUUAAAGAUUCACAUUGUGAAAAUUAGAACAACACAUAAAUGAACAAUACUGUUUUCGAUUAUAUCAUCAUCAGCCUUUACUCCAAUUUACAUGAAUAUUUAUAUGAAAAUGUCAAGCUAAUCAAGGCAAUUUGAGUCAUAUUUCAUAAUAGAUUACGUCACUACUAUCAGUACACCUGUCUUCCUACUAUCAACUUGUACUUUUGCCUAUUAUGUGUAGUGACGUAAUCUAUUUUAUUGUGAUUAUUGACUCAAAUUGCCUUGAUUGGUUUAACAUUUCCAUAUAAAUAUUCAUGUAUAUUAGAGUAAAACCUGAUGACGAUCUAAUCGAAAACAAUAUUGUUCGCUUAUGUAUUGUUCUAAUAUUGAAACAAGACAUCCGUCCUCGUAUAGGACUUUUUAACAGUGCACGUGCACGAUCCCACGUCUGAGAAUCAAAACUUAAAACCUUCCUCUGAGAGGUCCUAAAUAGAAAUAAACGCACAACCUACAUUCCACUGCUAGCCACAUUCCACAUUCAAUAUAAAUAGUAUGUUGUAGAAGCAAAACUGUGGUGAUGAGACUUUAUACAGUCAUUUAUGGUCUGCAACGCUGUUCAACAUAUUUUUGUUCUUUUCAACUUUACGCAAAGCAAAAUUCAACCCAGAACAGUUCUCAGAUGUUCAAACGAAACGCUUACUUUUACGUCGUCGUUUAACGGAACGUCAACAAGAGCUUUCUGAUAGUUUAACUAAACAAGAAGCUGUUCAACAAAUUCUUCAGUUAAACAACUCUAUGAUACAAAAUAUUUUAAAGAAUCAACCAUUAUUUUCCACUUUACCGUUUUCUAAUGGGAAACAACCUUCUACUACUUUGGAAAGUACCGAGACUAUAGCCACAGCUAUGCGUAUUCAAUCACAAGAUGUAGGGCAUGCUAUUCUCAUCAGAAAAUCUCCAGUGAAUCAUUUAGGUGAACUAACUAAAUUACCUUCAUCUACAGCAUUGAACAAUUUAAUUAAUUAUCACACCCACGAUUCAGCUGUGCUUGAUGAAUGCAAAGGAGUGGAAAUCGCAAAAGACAAUCAUGGAAAAGAAUUACCUAAUGACAGUUAUAUCAGUGAAAGCUUAUGUUCAGCUCAAGAGAAAAAUAUUUCUACAGAUGAAAAUAUUGUAUAUAACUCUAAAUGUACACCAAUCAAACCACCUAAUAUUGAAAUAUGCCCAAGUAAAAACCAAGUGUCUGUAAUGUCACAUGUGAUUGACAAGAAAAACCAACUUGGUGAUGAUUGCGAAAAUCACAAUGAACCGAUUAUCAAACAUCCUUUAAAUGAUGAUAUAUUCGAUGAAAUUCCUCUGGAAAGUUCAUUUAAUAUUCCCAAAACUAAUAAAUCAUCGGAUGUUGUUGGGUUUUGUGUCCCAGAACGUUCAUAUGACCUUUUGGAAGUUAUGCAAAAUAAAAUUGUUGUUGAACCUAAUGUAUCUUCCGAUAUACGUCAGUCAGAAUCUUUACAAUUACGUCAUCAAGAUAAAUACAAUGAAAUUGAAAGUGACAGUAGUGAUAAUGAUGAUUUCAUUGAAGUUGAUACCCACGAACAAGUUGAAAUGUCCAAUACGUCUACUAACUCUGAUUCAUCGCGAACGUCGUCUACUGUUGAGAGCAAUUAUCAUGAUGAGAGUAAAUUAAAUUCUGUUCUUAAGAAAAAAGAAUUAGUCAGUAAUCAACAGGAAAGCAUAUUAUCCUCUUCAUUACCCGAGGAUGAUUUUGCCAUUGACGAUGACGAUAUAUUGAGAGAGGAAGCUGAUCGUCUGAUGCGUCAAGCCCAGACAACAACUACCCGUUGUAUUUCAGAGGCACAGGAUCUGCUUAGUUUGUUCGGAUUUCCAUUUGUAUUUAGUCCAGAAGAAGCAGAAGCUCAAUGUGUUGCUCUACAACGUCAUGGUCUAGUCGAUUUGGUUGCGAGUGAUGAUUCUGAUGUUUGGCCGUUCGGUGUUAAACUUGUCUGUCGUCAUCUGUUUGGAACUACUGGUGGUGAUAAUCUGCGAAGAACAACAAAUCCUUCCAUCUAUAAACUUGAUGAAGUAAAACGUAAAUUAGGCCUUACUAUAGAAAAUAUUCUCCGUUUGACGCUACUCUGUGGUAGCGAUUAUACACGUGGAAUUGAUCAAGUUGGUCCAGUUACAGCACUUGAAAUAAUAAGUGAAUUUGAUGAAGCUGAUGAUGAUUCAUUAAAUUGUGAAAUUAACAAUUGGCUUAAUGGUAUUGAUGAACCUUCGGAAAAAUUAAUCAAUUAUAUUUUAAAACCUCUAAAACAAUUCACACAUUGGUGGGAAACUACUCGUUCACAAAAUUCUCCACAAUCAAUGAAAAUACUCAGAUUGAUUGAAUCUAAUCCAAUUAGACGUCGUUGGAUAAACUUGAAACCAUAUCCAGGGUUUCCAGAUAGCCGUAUUGCGCGUGCCUACCUGUACCCAAAUGUAAAAAUCGAUUUACCGUCGUUUAAAUGGGAAUCACCAAGUGUACCUCUUCUUGUUAAACAUGUAAAUACCAUAUUGGGAUGGAAUACCGAAAAAACAGAAGCUUUAUUGGCUUCUGUGCUCAAACAUAGACAACAUAUGGAGCUUGGGAAUCCUGGAGGGAUUCUUUCUUCCAAGUCACUCAUAACAAAUUACUUUCAAAUCGAAAACCAGAAAUUUUACCAAAAAUCUGAGGUUGGUUCAUCAGAAUUAGAUGAAGUAACCGUACCGAGCAAGCGUGUUCGUCAUGCAGCCAGUCGCUUGCGAAAUCAAAGAACAAAAGAACGAUCUCUUAAAACUCCAAGCACUUCACAAGUCAAAGAUGAAAAUAGCCUACUUUCUGAAUUACCUAAACCACAUAAGCCUCGACGAAGGCAAUCCAUGAGAAAACCUUUGGAUGAAACAAACAAUUUACGCAAAAAGAGAUCACGGAUUAAACGUGAACGUCGUAUAGUGGAACGUGUAUGUUUGUCUGAAGAUGAAGAUUGAAUUGCUGUCAAUGCUCCUCUACGUUGUACAGAUUAGACUUUCUAAUUCAAGUUGUCUUUAAUCUCUUUGUAUUCUAAUUGUUUUUUAAAUUACUGAAGUGGUUGAAAGACAGGAGCAACCUUAUCUUACAAGAAAAUGGAAAACACAUAGGUUUCAAACCAAAAAUAUAUAACGUUUAUUUACAUGUUAUACAUACCAUUUGGUAGAUUUGAGUUAAUAGCAUUUGAAAUAUAACUGGUAGUUUGUGUUUACAAAGAGAUUUACACCAUGGCUACAAAUAAUUAAGCAUCUGGAUAACUUGGAUUUAUGGCGAAAUUAUACACACUGCAUUAAACUGUAAGCAGCGCACGUGCUUCCAUUACGUAUUACGGUAAUUUAUUGACAUAUAGUACAACUCUACCUGUGUAUGGCUCAACAUAAACAACUGUGAAGUAUGGUUUCAAAGUACUCGGAGUUUUACCAGCUUUUAAAACUUGUGUAUUCAUUAAAUAUUCACACAGUGCUGGGCGUCCAACAAGAUGUGUAUCAAGUAGAUCGAAAAGUUCCGGUUUACUACAUCCACCUCUAGAUGGACAGAUAUGAGUUUCCACUAUUAAAAAAUCAGUCUGAAAAAAAGAACCAUACCAAAAUUGUCAAUUAGCAGACAAAUGAAAGUAGAUGCUCUAGGCAACACGUGGUUGAUAGUUGAUGCUGACAAUCAAAUAUGCGAUGUCCCUUCUUUCAAUUGAUUUCUCCUCCGGUUUCAUUAAAUGUAAUUGCUUAUAACUGUAUAGAAUUAAGUACUGUCUGUUGCUUCUUCUGAUUUAACGUGAUCUAGUUUCUGUGAUGUGUGACGUUGGAGUAUACAAUCCAGUAUAAUCACAGGGAAGAAAAAUAUCUUAAAAACCGUUAGAACAACAACGGAUAAAUUUUUUUAACGGUUAUAAUGUAUAGAAUUACGUUUUGAACGGCAUUUGUCUAACAUCCAAACAUAAAAAACUGAAAUAGCAUUCUGUCACAACAAAGCAGCC